CCAAGGCAACCAGCACAUGAACAAGUAACUUAACAGUCUACACAUCCAGAGGGCAGAGGAAGGAUCCCACACUCACAGAUAUUCUCACGCAAGACUGUCUAACGAGGAAUUGGUGGCUGCUCCUGACAGGCUGUCAUCUCAAGGAAAAGUAAACUUCAUCUACAGAGGAGGAUCUGUGCGGCAGGGGGAGAAGACUCAGCGGAGAGAGGGGAGACUGUUGGAUUCACACACACAUUAUCUAUUUCCUUUUUUUGCCGGAUGACGGCUUCAUGGGUGAAAGAUGAAUCUCCAGCCGUUGGGCGACUGUGUGAUUGACUCUGCUGCGAUGGAGGACGUUUCCCAGCACACCCAGUGACUCCCACCGCCACCUAUGCCUCCUGCUGAAUGUGGAAAGCCUGGGAUGGAAGACCCACCAAGUGCUGCUCCGAGGCACUGGCACAACACUCUCGACCUCCACAACCUCAACCGUCUCCCCUCCACAUCCAGCUGCUUCACCGCCAUCGCCAACCAGCCAGGGACCACCGCCACCGGGUGACAAGAUUCCAGGAUGUUUGUGAAUUUCCGCCGGAUACGAAAAUGCCAGUGUGUGCAGCUGAUGACCACCUGCCUGGUGCUGUCAGUGGUGAUGGUUUGCUGGGAGCAGCUGGACAACAGCAUAGUCAACCACGUCAAGUCCUACUCCUACCGCUACCUGGUCAACCGCUUCACCUACAUCAACAAGAGCCUCACCAUCCCACGAGAGCAGGCCAGGAGCUUCAGCAACUUCCGCUACCUGCUGGACCACCCGGAUAAGUGCGCCGGCAAAGACGUCCUCCUCCUCCUCUUUGUCAAAACAUCCCCGGAGAACAUUGAAAGGCGAAACGCCAUCAGAUCCACCUGGGGGAACGAGACCUACAUCCAGAGCGCCCUGGGAGUGACAGUCAAGGUGGUGUUCGCCUUAGGAGCACCUCAGACCCAGAAAGAGGAGCUCUUAAGAAGCAGGAGGAGCGGGGCUGGUUUUCAGGAGCAUCUCAUCCAGGAGGACCGUCUCCAUGGUGACUUGAUCCAACAAGACUUUUUAGACUCCUUUCACAACCUGACCCUGAAACUGAUCCUGCAGUUCCACUGGAUGCACAGCCGCUGCGCACACGCCCGCUUCCUCAUGACCGCUGAUGACGACAUCUUCAUCCACAUGCCCAACCUGGUCGCCUACCUGCAGGACAUGAGCAGCAGGGGCGUCACAGACUUUUGGGUCGGUCGGGUGCACAGAGGGGCGCCGCCAAUCCGUAGCAAAGACAGCAAGUACUAUGUGUCCUUUGAGAUGUACCCGUGGCUGUCGUACCCUGACUACACAGCCGGGGCCGGGUACGUCAUCUCCAGGGACGUGGCGGACAAAAUCUACCAAGCCACACUGACCCUGAAUGCCUCUCUUUACAUAGACGAUGUGUUUAUGGGCAUCUGUGGCAAUGCAGUCGGCGUGUCACCACAGGAGCACGUCUAUUUCUCAGGCGAGGGCAAAGCACCCUACCACCUGUGCAUCUAUGACCAGAUGAUGACCUCACAUGGUCACGUGGAGGAUAUUUAUGACCUGUGGAAGAAGGCGACCCACACGCAGGUGAAGCAGAAGACCUCUGGACUCACAGGGAGGCUGUACUGCACAGCUGUGAAAGUGGCUCUCCUUUGUAGACCAUACUAUUUUAACACCUACCCUUGCAAAGCAGCCUUUUUUUAGUAUGACGCAAGAUGUGUGUGUGUGUGUGUGUGUGUGUGUGUGUGUGUGUGUGUGUGUGUGUGUGAGCGAGGGAGUGUGUCGUAGGUCAUAAUGAAAGGAGGAUCAUCGCUGCAAAUAUUACCUCAGUCCUUUCAGUCGGACAUCCAUGUCAAAACACUGGAGUGUGUGUGUUCUGUGUUUUCAGAGGCAAAGAGACCAGACGAUUCAUGUUUGUCACUGUCAGUGUGACAUCAUCAACACGUCAGUGAGAAUCAUUCAAUCAUACUGGCUUUGCAUUGACAGCAGAAUGUGUUCAGAUACAUGAUGUUUACAUGUUUCAUCUCAAACCUCCGGUGCUCACAAAUAGAAUUUUAAAUUAUUAACUGAUUUAUUUCCAUCUCAGACAGCGGAUUACAAGACUACUUUCUGCUCUUCUUGGAUUUUAUUUCCACUGCUGUGAAACACAAAAGGGUUGCCAAAAUUUUGUCACACUCAAAGAUUAAGGUAACGUUUUCUUAACACACGGCCGCACCUCUUACUGGCACUUACUUUAAAAUCUAGAAGUUCCACAUCUGUGAGUUCUUGUGUGCUGUUUGAGCCGAUGUAAGAAAAAAAAAAUACACAGUAUAUACAGUGAUGUGUGAAAUCUAAAAAUGUCUCCGUGUCAUGAAGUGCAAAAUUCCUCACAGUGACGUAGAGUAGACGUAUAAAUGAAAAGACUUUACAGACAGUUCCUGUGCUGAAAAUCACAAUGAUGUACCAAUGAGCAAAGUGUGCGCUCUAAAUUGAAUAUUUUCUUGUCAUAAGAUUUUUUUUCUUUUUGUAAUUCAAUUUGUGAACAUGUUUUUUAAUGAAAUAAAAUCUCCAAAGUGAAAGUUAAA